AUGAAAUACCACUACUGCAAAAAGAACGAACUGAUCAAAUUCGCGCGCGAUCGCAACCUCACCGUCCCCAACACCGCCCAAAUACCCAUCAAAGGCCCCUACCAUCGCGACUACAUCCAAGCCCUCCGACAAGCCGAUCGCGAUGUAACCUUCCGCUUCCUCUCCCUCCCCGCCGAGAUGCGCACAUGGAUCUACAAGGACCUUCUCAUCCUUCAGGACGCCUUCACCUGCCACCCGCAAAUCCUGCGCGUAUGCAAGCAGAUCAACCAGGAAGCCUCGAACAUUUUGUACGGCGAUAAUCUCUUCGAGGCCAAGAUGCACCCGGACGGCGUUUAUGCGCAUGGUGUGAAGUGUGGCGAGUACAGACCGACGUAUACCGCAGCUAGGCUGCCCGUUGAUUACACUCUACUCCGAUGGCCAGACUUCCUCAGUCGCGUCCAGUUUCUUCACGUCUCUAUUCCGGUCCACCCGUGGAGCGCGCACACCAACACGUUCUGGCUCACGGCGGGAUCGCGAUUGCCUGCACUUGGCAAUGUGCUGCACUCUCUGGCGACAUUUCUCAAGUCCGGCAACCGCCUGAGGUACUGCGCCAUUGAGAUUCCAGCGGCGCGCUUUGCGCCAGAACUUGACUCCGAUGCUGUGGACACUGCCUGCUAUCCACUGCGACUGCUCGGCCCACGCAUCACUAUCAAGCUCUUCGACAGCGCCAUGGAUCGCGAUGUGCACAUUCUGACCUCACCUAGCUCCGGCAUCGAUGGGACUGAGUCGCUCGGCUACAAGACGUCCAUCGCGUGCAACGCAGUAGUCACAGCGUCAGAGCUCGCGCUUCGAGCGGUGAGUGUCAGCGGCGGGAGACAGGCUGGUCUGGAGGAUACGGUGUUCUACAUUGCUGGUUGGAGUGCGCUUCGAGGCCUGAAAGAGGUGUUGCGACGAGGUCCGCAAACAUCGAGGGCUUGUACCGGGGCUGUGUCGGCGGCGGUGCAGAAGGCGCGGUGGGAGAUGGAGGCGGUCGGUGCGGCCGGUGUGGGGACGGAGUUAAAUCAACGAGUUCAGGAGCUGUUGCGUAUGGAAGUUGAUCUGAGGGUCGCGGGAGAGGAGGAGGGGCAAGGGGGAGAAGGGGAAGGCUCUGAUGCUUGA